GCUGUUUGGUGGCUGGUGCGGCGCACGGCCGGGCCGCCGCGCUGGAGGUACAGGGUCGGAUAGUGAGGGCUACGGACGGCACGGAACGACAGCGGGGUUGGAUAGCACGACACGAGAGUGAGGACAGCGUGUCGCACAGUGAACAGAACAAAUCAGCAGGGACACCGGGCCAGCGACCUCCGCCCGCGGGACAUGAUCGGAUAGCGGUCUUUGCCGCCAACCACUGUGAAAGCCUUCUUCGCCGAACAAAAUCAGAACCCUUCACAGCAGGGUCAGCACAAACGACACAUCGGCACCGACCAUCCGACUACCAUGGCAGGAUAUCAAGUAAACAUCGAAGACGCUGGCAACUACUCAGAGCUCAACGAGACCGAGAAGCGUCGCGUGCGCCAGCAGGUGCUCCGCGAGCCGGCAGUGCGAGAGUCCGUCGAGGAGAUGAAGCAGCGACUCAACCUGAUGAAGAGCAUUGUCGACGACACGCGCCAGGUGAUGUCGGGAGGCGCCGCCGAACCGCGCCCCAAGGGGGUCGCCAUCGACGGCGCAAUGAUGGGCGCCAUCUUCGCCGUCAUCCUGGCCGUCAUCCUCGGCGCGUCGGCGCACGCCUUCCAGAACCUCUACUACGCCGUGCUGAAACGGUUCAACCGGUAACGUGGCUGCCGGGACGCUCAUCCAGCCGCUCUCCAAGAGGCGAGAGACGCUCACCUAGCCGCUCUUCAAAAGACGAGGGCCGCGCUUCCAGCCGUGGAAGUCGCUCCACAGACGCGGGAUCCGCUCAGUCAGCGACAGCCGGGUCGCUCGGGAUUUGAGGCACAGUUGGGUCGCUCAUCCAGCUACAAGAAGGUACGCCGAAGAGCCACGAGCGACGGCGGCGGAUUGUGAGAAAUGAGCCAAAUCCAGAUGUUGGAAGUAUUCUUCUCUUACUGUUGCUGUGAAACGCUUCCAGACCAAUAGCUUUACUGUUUCUUCCCCUGCUGUAAAUAAAUACGUGUACCUAAA